GACCUGGCUGAGGGCAUUGAGUGCCCCCUCAGUAGGUUUGCAGAUGACACCAAGCUGGCUGCAAGCGUUGAUCUGCCUGAGGGUAGCGAGGCCCUGCAGAGGGAUCUGGAUAGGUUGGAUAGCUGGGCUGAAGCCAAUGGGAUGGGAUUCAACAAGACCAAAUGCCGGGUCCUGCACUUUGGCCGCAAUAACCCCAGGCAACGCUACAGGCUUGGGGCAGAGUGGCUGGAAGACUGUGUAGAGGAAAUGGACCAGGGGGUGUUGAUUGACGCCAGACUGAACAUGAGCCAGCAGUGUGCCCAGGUGGCCAAGAAGGCCAAUGGCAUCCUGGCUUGUAUCAGAAACAGUGUGGCCAGCAGGAACAGGGAGGUAAUUAUUCCCCUGUACUCAGUACUGGUGAGGCCGCACCCCUCACUGUAAGAAAGACAUGGAGGCCCUGGAGUGUGUCCAGAGGAGGGCAACAAAGCUGGUGAGGGCUCUGGAGCACAGGCCUUAUGAGGAGCGGCUGAAGGAGCUGGGAUUGUUCAGUCUGGAGAAGAGGAGGCUCAGGGGAGGCCUUAUUGCUCUCUAUAACUACCUGAAGGGAGGUUGUGGUGAGCUGGUGGUCAGCCUCUUCUCUCGUGUGACAGUGAUAGGACGAGAGGGAAUGGCUUCAAGCUGCGCCAGGGAAGAUUCAGGCUGGACGUUAGGAAAUACUGCUUGUCUGAAAGGGUGGUCAGGCACUGCAAUGGGCUGCCCAGAGAGGUGGUGGAGUCACCGAGCCUGGAGGUGUUCAAAGAGCGUUUGGAUGCUGUGUUGAGGGACAUGGUUUAGCGGGAACCAUUGGUGAAGGGCGAAUGGUUGGACUGGAUGAUCCUGUGGGUCUUUUCCAACCUUAGCGAUUCUAUGUUUCUAUGAAAACCAUUCCCCUUUGUCCCAUCACCGUCUCAACGUGUAACCAUUUUAUUUCCCUCCAGUUUAUCGUCUCCCUUGAAACAGAAGGCCACAAUGAGCAGCCACAGCGAGUGUUGGUGAUGGGGCAGGCACAGAGCAAUGCCUGUGACAGCGUCACAGAGAGUCCUUGUGAGCUCAGGGCAGAGGGGCUGACCCCAGCGCUCACGGAACCCCCCAGCGCCACUCUCGAGCUGCCAUGGCAGGUAAGGCAGCAGGCUCCUCCUGCUCCUGGCACUGCGGCUCUCCAGGUGGUCCCAGUGCCCCACAUCUCACCCAGCGCCCAUUUGGGCAUUUCCCCACAGAGAGAAUCUCUUCAUUGAUGCCGACGGUGCUUCCGACACCCGACGCCACUGUAUUUGGAUCCUUUGUGCCCCCACCGGCCGCUGCUGCAAUGCAGCCGCAGGUGCUCCCCGUGCCCUGCACCCUGCCCGCCAGCUGGGAGCGGGCGGUGGGGCCCCUUGGAGAUGCCGUGGUGCUCACGGAGGACCAGGGGCACCCAGCGCCCACCGACGGGUGCCCCCAUCCCGCCACGGCUCCGCUCGGCUGCAGCACCGCAGCGCUGGACUCAGGGGGUGAGUUUGGGGGCUGCGGGGCGUGCGGCAGGCUGUCCGCACCGGGUGGCUGUGGGAAAGCUGGCAUUGCCCCACUGGGGAUGUCCUUGCUUUUCCAGCAGCCACAGCGAGCGCAGGCAUCCCAGAGGAUGCGGUCGACAGCGACAUGGACGAUCUGCUCACGUGGAUCAGUGGUGAGUUUUUGGUCUGCAGGGGUGGUGGGUUGGGUGUCCGGAGUAGUAGGUGUGGGAAAGCUGGCAUUGCCCCCGUGGGGAUUUUCUUGCCUUCUCCAGACAUGACCUCCAGCGCAGACAUCCCGGUUGACAGCGCGGAGAUCGAUGAUAUCCUGACGUGGAUCAGCAACGGUGAGUUGAGGGGCUGCAGAGCAGGCGGGGAUGUCUGCUCUGAGUGGCUGUGGGAAAGCUGGCAUUGCCCCCUUGGGGAUUUCCUUCCUCUUCCCAGAUGGGACACCCAGCUCAGGCAAUCCUGAUGACAGCAUGGAACUCGACGGUUUGCUCAGCUGGAUCGUUGAAGCGUCAAGUCCUCGGGAGGUCCCCCAGCAGGCGUUCCCAGCCGUCCCCAGCAGGCUCAGCACCUCUCCUUUCAUCAGAGCCCUCCGUGACCGUCCCAGCGGCAGCAGGGAGCUCAGCAGAGAGGCGCAGGCUGACGCCGGGCCCCUCAGCGAGCCGUUCUCGGGGCAGCCAGCAUCCUCUGGGCAGCUCUCUGAGCCGCUGCCCUGCGGGCAUCUGAUGGAAGAGGCGCGGCAGAGGCAGCCCCGGGUGGUUCUCACCCGCCUGGCACUGCCGACCCCCCUGGCUGCCCCCGCACCUCUGUUGCCCCGCACUGCACAUCUGAUCCAAGAUGUGCAGCGGAGGCAGCCCCGGGUGCUUCUCACUCGCCUGGCACUGCCACCCGGCUGCAUCUCCUGCCACAUGCCUGAGAACCACCACGGGGACGGCAGCGAGCCGGCCGAGUGCCCAACGCCCGCCUGCACCACCAGGAAAGGCAAGAGCAGAGGGCACGAGCAGCACACUGGCCGCAUCCCAGGCAGAAAGAGGAAGGUGCCGCUGGGCCAGGACGCUCCAGGACAGAAACGCCGGCGCUAGGCGAAGCUGGGUGGGCUCAGCCCGAGCAGGAGCGUCCGCAGAAACCGGC